CUCAACCAAGGACUUGGCACUGUCCCCCUGCAGACAGGCACCCUCACGGAGGACGGCUUGGACGUAAUGGGGGUAGUGCCCCUGACGGGGCAGGUGUUGCUACCACUGGUCCCAGAGCCCCGCCACCUGCCCGUGGGGCCCCUUCUCCGAGCACUGGCCACCUGUCAUGCCCUCAGCCAGCUACAUGACACCCCGGUGGGCGACCCCAUGGAUCUCAAGAUGGUGGAGUCUACGGGCUGGGUGCUGGAGGAGGGCCCAGCUGCAGACUCAGCACCCGGGACCCAGGUCUUGGCAGUAAUGAGACCCCCACCCAGGGUGGCCCAGCAGCAGGGAACGGCGGAGCCACUGGAGCCAGUCAGUGUCCUCUGCCGAUUCCCCUUCUCCUCUGCCCUGCAGCGGAUGGACGUAGUGGUGGCAUGGCCAGGGGCCACCCAGCCUGAGGCCUACGUCAAAGGCUCCCCAGAGCUUGUGGCCAGCCUCUGCAGCCCUGAGACAGUGCCCAGCGACUUUACCCAGGUGCUGCAGAGCUACACAGCUGCUGGCUACCGAGUUGUGGCCCUGGCUGGCAAGCCACUGGCCAUUGCACCCAGCCUCGAGGCCGCUCGGCAGCUGACAAGGGACACCGUGGAGCAGGAGCUGAGCCUCCUGGGGCUGCUGGUCAUGCGGAACCUGCUGAAGCCGCAGACGACCAAAGUUAUACAGACCCUGAGGAGGACGGGCAUCCGUACCAUUAUGGUGACAGGGGACAACCUGCAGACAGCAGUCACCGUGGCCAGAGGCUGUGGUAUGGUGGGCACCCAGGAGCACCUGGUUCUCGUCCACGCUACGCACCCUGAGCACGGCCAGCCCGCCUCCCUUGAGUUCCUGCCACCCGAGCCCUGUGCGGUCUGGAACGGGGCCCAGGAUCCCAUCAAGGCCACAGGCUAUUCCGUGGAGAUGGAACCCCAGCCCCGUCACCUGGCCCUCAGCGGGCCCACUUUUGCUGUCCUUCAGAAACACUUUCCCAAGCUGCUGCCCAAGGUCCUGGUGCAGGCCACCAUCUUUGCUCGCAUGGCCCCGGAGCAGAAGACAGAGCUGGUGUGUGAACUGCAGAAGCUUCAGUACUGUGUGGGCAUGUGCGGAGAUGGCGCCAACGACUGUGGGGCCCUGAAGGCAGCUGAUGUGGGCAUCUCGCUGUCCCAAGCAGAGGCUUCGGUGGUCUCACCCUUCACCUCCAGCAUGGCCAGUAUAGAGUGUGUGCCCACUGUCAUCAGGGAAGGCCGCUGUUCUCUGGACACCUCGUUCAGCGUCUUUAAGUACAUGGCCCUCUACAGCCUGACCCAGUUCAUCUCGGUCCUGAUUCUCUACACAAUCAACACCAACCUGGGAGACCUACAGUUCUUAGCCAUCGACCUGGUCAUCACCACCACAGUGGCAGUGCUCAUGAGCCGCACGGGCCCUGCGAGGACGUUGGUGCGAGCCCGGCCACCAGGAGCCCUACUGAGUGUGCCUGUACUUGGCAGUUUGCUGCUGCAGGUGGCCUUGGUGGCCGGCAUCCAGCUUGGGGGCUACUUUUUGGUCAUAGCCCAGCCCUGGUUUGUGCCUCUGAACAGAACUGUGCCCGCACCCGACAACCUGCCCAACUAUGAGAACACAGUGGUCUUCUCCCUGUCUGGCUUCCAGUACCUCAUCCUGGCCGCAGCCGUGUCCAAGGGGGCACCCUUCCGCCAGCCGCUCUACACCAACGUGCCCUUCCUGGUGGCCCUGGCGCUCUUGGGCUCUGUCCUGGUGGGCCUCAUCCUGGUCCCCGGCCUCCUGCAGGGGCCUCUAGGACUGAGGAACAUUGCAGACAGCUCCUUCAAGUUGCUGCUGCUGGGUCUGGUCGCCUUCAACUUCGUGGGAGCUUUCAUGCUGGAGAGUGUGCUGGACCAGUGUCUCCCAGCCUGCCUGCAGCGGUUCCGGCCUAAACGGGCCUCCAAGAAGCAGUUCAAGCGGCUGGAACGGGAGCUGGCUGAACAACCCUGGCCCACUCUGCCCAUCAACUCCGUGAGGUAGCGUAGGCCUACAGGGCAUGCUGGACACUGGAUCCCCCUGCCCCUGAGCCGUAACUGGACCCAUCUCUAGAGACAGUACCCAUCAACGCCUCCCACAGCCCUGAGUUUGGCAGUUGUCACGCUCCUGCCCGGACACACCUGCCUGGGGAAGUGCUGACUGUUGCCCCCACUUCAGACCAUCCUGUGUAGACAUAGCAGCUACUGACUUAGGCAGAGCUGCUGUCAGCGUAGCAAAUAAAGUGGUGAUUUUCCUGCCCUG